CCGAACACUGCCUUUCUCCUUCCAAUGCCCUCUUUUCCCCUCAAUCCCUCUUUUCUAUUUCUUUCGCGCCCGAUAGAUCCAGAUUCUCGUUGAAACGGACCCAUCGCAGCCAAAUUGGAAAAAGAGUGCAAGGGCUAGAUACACUAUGUCUAAAACGAGUGUCUUUACAACAAUAACACCCUUGCCGGCAGGCAUUACGAGGCAGAGUGUGCUCGAUACAUACCACGAUCAUGUUGAGAUGAUCAAUCUGAACCCGCUGGUCGUGGAACGUUUUAAAUGCAAGCCGCCGAGCUAUGCGACGGCCGAAGAGUUCCAUGCCACAUGGUACACCAUCAAAGACAAGGUAUCCUACCUUCCAGGCGGUCUCGCAACCGGCUCUAUUUCAUACCACGCCUGCUUCCACGAUCUCCCUGAGGGCCUUCAGACGCACGUCUAUGCUCCCUUGGGUCUCGAUAUUCGCGCCAAAUGGACAGUUGGAGGGAAUCUUCCCGGGGAGCCAAAGCAAGCUGCUGAGCUUGGAUUAGGCAUUCCUCGGGAAGGAUUAUACAUUCGAGAAGAUGUCAAGAUGAAAUGCAAUAUAAUGAUGAUAUCCUUUGUCAAGAAAACCUUCAAGGAAUCGCAUUCGAAACUGUCAGAUAGGCUAGUAGAGAAGGCGCAUAUUAUCGAGGCGAAGUUGGCGAAUGAGAGACUGAAUGGUCUAAAGGAGCUUGCGCCGGGCGAGCGCAUGGGUCAUGGCCAGAUUCCGAUUGCUCCGCCACCUGGCUACGCUUCGGGUCAUUUGAGCAUGUACUCGAACGGUAGUGGACAUAGUCCGCUCAACAGCCCUGGCCUAUCGCAUGUGUCGACAGUUGGAAGCCAAAGUCCGUAUUUGGGAAGCCCACCAUAUCAAGCAGCAGACCCACGCUUGUCAUGUAUUCAAGAUCAGAAGGUUGACCCGCAAGCCUCGUGGCAGCCUAGCCCAGGUUAUCAGACAUUGGAUCCAAGGUAUCAACAGCAGCAUGAAGCCGAUCACCGACAGAGUGCGUAUGCAUACCAGUACCCACAGCAACAACAAAACCAGCAUCCAUCCCAGCAUCCAGCUGAGCUACCCAGUGAAGCCCCAGCUCCACCGCCGAAAGAUGACAAGAAAUUCACUGCUGAGCUUCCUGCAUGAGUACUCGCCCUAUUCCCACUACGGUUCUGCUCUUC